UCAGGUGGAGCCACAUUAGCAGAGCCAAAGCAGAGAAGGCUCCUCAUGCACUGUGAUUUCCCACACCGCCACACUGGAAUUAUGGUUAUUGUGGAGAAGUUGUGAAACAAGAAUGGUGAGCUUUGACCUUGACCUACCUCCACACAGAUAUCAUGAAGCCUUAAAGAAGGUGUGGAAGCUGAGCUCGCAGUGCUGGCCCAGUUCGGUCACAGAGGGAGUCCUCUCCUCCUCCAGAAGCUGGCUGCGGCGCUUCCUCAUGCUCAAGCUGGUCACCGUGCUGCUCUUCCCCUACGGCGACGAGCUCCCCCUGCUGGUCGGCUGCGCGUUCAGCAUGCGGGCUCUGCAGCUGCUCUGCUCCCCUCACAUCUCCACCAAGCCGUCCUCCGUCUUCCUGCUCCAGCUGGCCCGGACGGACGCGCUAGUGCUGCUGCGCUGGCUCAUCCGGCUGGGACUGACCGUGGGACUGUGGGCCGAGGAGGAGGCGGGAACGAGCCGGGCUCUGAGCGCGCUCAGCGAGCAGCUGCUCGAAGCCCAUCACCUGGCCUCGCUGCUCCUGCUGGGGCUGCUGGGGCUGGAGGCCACGCUGCUGGCCCACUGGCCGCUGCAGACCCGGAGGUUCAGGACUUCCCAGUGGGCCCGGCUGUGCUGCCGUCUGACCUGGGGGCUGGUGCUGCUGGAGCUCGUGUGUUUGCUGCACGCGAGGCUCUCUGAGCAGCAGACGUACCUGUCGACGCUGCUCGUCGUCUCCCUGGGCCUGAGGAAGAUGCUGUGGUGGCAGCAGAGAACAGCUGAGCAACUUUUUAAAUCAUUACCAACAGACCCAGCAGCAAAGAGGUAA